CGCACCGCUAACCCGCCAUCUGGCGCUUCAACAUUCGCGUGCCCAUUGACCGGUCCUGACUACGCCCUUUCAACUCUCUGGACUUGCGCCCUGAUAUCUUCGCCCCACAAUUAAUCCCUUUGCGGACUCGAACUCCCCCCCGUUCUCCUUGUCAACCCUUGCCCGUGCUCCCGUUGAAUGCUGUUUGAUAUUCUGACCUUUGCACCCGGCCAUGUCAACCACUUCGCCCGCUUGACUUGGCGAGACACAAACAGGCCUUGAGAAACUGUAGGCGGUCAAAAGGGACUUGCUGCUGCACUUUGGCGGUUGACAUAGCAAGCCGCUCUUUUGCAGCCUGCCGACCGAGCAUGGCCGCUCUCCCACAGCAUGCAGUAAACAUCAAUCCCCCCGACGAGCGCGACAUCAGCGUCUCGCCCGCCACGAUAAGUCCCAAGACAGGAUCACCAGCACUCCGACCAGCCAUCGAGACUCGUGAUUCACAACCUCGAGUGGCUUCGCCGUUGCGGACGGAGCACAAGCCCAAUGCCUCAUUACCCAUCGAUGCAGUUCCCAAUGGUAUACUCCUACCAUCACCUAUGGUGGUGGGAACGUCGGCUUCCGCAGCCAUUGAGUCUGGCUCCGAGUUCCCUUUCUCUUCGCCGCCAGGGGUUUCAGGUGUCAGCCCGACCAACGACUUGAUGCAUAAAUCGCCCGAUGCUCAAGAUGCGCAGCAAGAGGAGGAGAGCGAUAUUGCUACCGAUUUGGCUACCGCAACCAACGGCGGAUUGUCACGCAAACCUACAAGGGAGCUUGGCACCGCUACUCCUCGCAGGAGCGUGCAAUUUGCCCGUUCUGGGGCUCACGGAUCUGACAAACCUGCCAGUGAGUACCUUGGUCAUUCGAGGCAGCAGUCUUUGGGAUUCGGUGAAGACCAGGCGACGAGAGGAGCAGACAAAGAGAAGUUGGGUUCGCAACUCAUGUCCAAGCUGAAGGCGUUGACGACACCAAUGACACAGGGACAUACCAGAAGCUUGAGCGGAUGGUCCUUAGGCGGGUUUGGAUCUGAUGAUAAGAUGGCACCCUCCUCUCCAGGAAACGAUGGUACCACGGAGCCUAGAUUUGGGGGCUACGAAGCAGAUGCAGAUGCGGAAGAGAGCGCGGCAGAGGGCAAUGGACCUUCUAGAACAAAGCGGAAGAGAAAAUUCCGCAAGGAGACGGACGAGGGACCAUCCACGGCCCCAACAACACCACGAGUUACACGUGUACCUGCAUUCAGACGCGAUUCUGUUGAUCGAGACCGUACUCCACCUGCAUCUGCACCCCACAGCCGCCCCGCCUUCCUACCACGACGCGCUACCAUGUCGGAUAUACCUGAACAUCAAAGAGCGGCUGUUUCGGAGGAUGAAGGGCGGAGUAGGUUAAACGGCGACGGUUUUCUUCGAAGAGGUAGCAACUGGGUGUCUGGUCAUAGAGGUUUGACCUAUAGUGGACCUCGACCCAUUCCGCGCAGCGACGACAUAGCUGAGGCCUCCAGACGACCUACAGCACUUCGCAUGCUGACUUCUUUCGCGGGACGUGAUGCGGAUGGUUCGCCGUCACCGUGGCGAGUUAGACAAGAACGAGCUACGAGUAUGGGUCAACAAAGAUGGCGUCAAUUGAAAGCUGGUUUAAAGAUGCUGGGUACUCGGAGGAAGGAUGAUACAACUCGUGUUGAUACGGCGAAGUCGGCAGAACUAAUGGCAGAGUUGCUAGCUGGUGCACCAGCUGCCCUCAUUUUCGCCAGCAUGUUUCAAAGGGAUGAGCGUGGACAUAAACGUGUGCCGGUCCUUUUAGAGCAACUGCGCCUCAAAGUCACAGACAGUGAGCGAGACGACGAAGGUAAACACGCAAUAUUCCGCAUCGAGCUCGAGUAUGGGAGCUCGCUUGCUCGAAUGAAGUGGGUCAUCAAACGUGAUUUACAAGAUUUCGCCAAACUGCAUGUCAAAUAUAAGACAGAGGAGAACGUCGAAAAAUACAGGCAUCCUACGAGAAAAUCCGAGCGCUCGAAACUGCCCAAGUUUCCGAGAAGCGCAUUUCCUGGUUUUGUUGGAGAUUUCUUUAGCACACGCGGUCUUAAGUUCGAUGAGUCCGAUGAAGAACAGGAGGAACACACUGCGGGCGAGCAGAGCGGUGUUGAGGGAGCAAUUAGCGAGACCGAUCGUCCAGGUAAAGGAGGGAGGAGAAGACGCUCAUCGUUCCAACUGUCGAGGAAAAAGUCUGCACGAUUUGGACAACAGGACUCUGGUGUUAACACAGGUCUCUCAGGAAAGCGUGCAGAAACAGUACCUGAAAGACAACGAAGAAAGCUGGAAGAGUAUCUCCACAAACUCGUAACAUACGUCAUGUUCGGGCGCAAUAGCAACCGCCUAUGUGCCUUUCUCGAGCUCUCUGCUUUGGGGGUUCGUCUUGCUUCCGAAGGUUAUCAUGGCAAGGAAGGAGUGCUCAGCAUUAGGUCGACACGUGGUGUGGAUUUUAAGCCUUUCUAUAAAAAGGCUUUGAAGUUCCCGUCUGGCAGUGAUAAGUGGUUUCUUGUCCGCCAAAGCUACCUCGUUUGUGUCGACUCUCUGGAGGAGAUGAAUGUCUAUGAUGUCAUACUAGUUGAUCCCGAGUUUUCUGUUGAAAGAAAGAGAACUGGCAAAAAGCGCGAUGACAGCGCUAAGGAACUUGCCAAACGAGCUGGGGAUGCGGCGCGACAUCCAACGCAUCAUCAACUGAGGAUCAACAACACGGAAAGACUCUGGAAACUCACAGCCAGGAGCGAGCACAUUGCUGCCCAAUUUGAAGAAUCCAUCAAAUUUAUUGCAUCACAAUCAGAAUGGGCGAAGCACCACAGGUAUGACAGCUUUGCGCCUGUCAGACACAAAGUAUGGGCACAGUUCCUGGUAGACGGCCGUGACUAUAUGUGGAAUGUCUCUCGAGCAAUCGAUAUGGCGAGAGAUGUGAUAUAUAUUCACGACUGGUGGCUCAGCCCACAAUUAUACAUGCGUCGCCCGGCGGCAAUUAGCCAACGAUGGAGGCUUGACAGGCUUCUUGCACGUAAAGCUGCCGAGGGCGUCAAGAUUUAUGUCAUCAUGUACCGGAACAUAAACACAGCCAUACCCAUCGACUCGGAAUUUUCAAAGUUCUCCUUGCUCGCGCUGAAUCCUGAAGGCAAGAACAACGUCUUCGUCCAAAGAUCACCGAACCAGAUCCGGCAGGGUACGUUUUUCUGGGCCCAUCACGAAAAAAUAUGUAUUGUCGACCACUGCGUUGCGUUCUGCGGAGGUGUAGAUUUGUGUUUCGGAAGAUGGGACUUACCAUCGCACCCUGUUGUCGACGACAAGCCAACCGGAUUUGAGAUUGAUAAGAAUAUCCCACGAGAUGCUGAUAAUUGCCAGCUAUGGCCUGGGAAAGACUACUCGAAUCCGCGAGUCCAGGAUUUUUUUAACCUUGACCAACCAUAUGAGGAAAUGUACGACCGAGAAAAGAUUCCUCGCAUGCCGUGGCAUGAUAUUGGUAUGCAAUUGGUUGGUCAGCCUGCUCGCGAUCUCAGCCGUCACUUCAUCCAGCGUUGGAAUUUCUUGCUACGGCAAAGGACGCCCUCCCGCCCGACACCAUUCUUGCUUCCGCCAACAGACUUCAUACCUGCCGAUCUCGAGGCUCUGGAAUUGGAAGGCACGUGUGAAGUGCAGAUCUUGCGAUCUGCUUGCUCGUGGUCCAUCGGUACGCCUACCCGAGUCGAACAUAGCAUCAUGAACGCUUAUGUGGAUAUGAUCAAAAAUUCCGAGCACUUCGUCUACAUUGAAAACCAGUUUUUUAUCACUUCGUGUGAGAUGAGCGGGACGGUCAUUGAGAACAAGAUCGGCGACGCUCUUGUCGAACGUAUUAUUCGCGCGCACGAGAAUGAGGAGUGGUGGCGCGCUUGCAUCCUCAUUCCAUUGAUGCCUGGCUUUCAGAAUGCAGUGGAUGCGCAAGACGGAAGCAGUGUUCGUAUUAUCAUGGAGUGCCAGUACCGAAGCAUCUGCCGUGGGCCUACCUCUAUUUUUGCUCGUCUUAGAAAUCAUGGGAUCGAACCUGAGGACUACAUUGAAUUCUAUGCUCUGCGGUCGCACGGACAGAUUGGCCCAACGAAAGCACUAGUUACUGAACAACUUUACAUUCAUGCAAAAGUCAUGAUUGUGGAUGACCGCAUUGCCAUAAUCGGCUCCGCUAACAUCAAUGAAAGAUCAAUGUUAGGCUCACGAGAUUCGGAGGUGGCUGCCAUUGUCCGGGACAAGGACAUGAUCCCAUCGCGUAUGGCAGGGGAGGACUACAUGGUCGCUCGGUUUGCUCAUGAACUCCGUGUGCGACUCAUGCGUGAGCACCUCGGUCUUGAUGUAGACAAAAUCCGGGACGAAGAGCUGGAGAAUGCCCAGAUCGAAUACGAAAUGGGUCUUGUGAACGGCAAAGGCCACGGUCACAGCUGCGAACUGGAGGAUGCUCAGUCCGUGGCAUCUAUAGACUCGGAUCGUGCUGUCGAACAGAAGCUCAUCAGUAACAGACACAAGACUCAGGAAGAAUUGAUUGCGAAGCAAGAACAGUUGAAGAGCUUUAACCACGACGUCGAUUGGACGCAAGCGAACAACCCGCAUAUAAAACCAACAAAAAAGAAGACCCAAGAUGCCCGUAUCAACAACAACGAAGAGUUCCGUAAGGAUCUGCUCGGCAUGGGUGCCGAUAAGAUGCUCGAACACGAUGUCAACCAGGGCGAUCAAGAAGCGCGUAACACGACAACGCUAUACGAUCAUGAAGUGCUCGUCUCGGAUAUUGCCCCUGAAGGCAGAGGUACAACAUCCUCGCCGCAGAAAAACAAAGCGGACCUCUUGGCGAGAAAAUUAGCCCGAGAGGCCGCGGAAGCAGAGGGAAAGAGACCGGAAACUCUGCCCCCACCUCCUCCAGAACGCAUGGACACCCACGACCUCGGUUUGCCGCAAGUGUCUCAAUUACCUGCUUUGCCAGUCAGCGAUGAUACUGACAUCGGCGGCCCUCCCAUGCAGAGAACCUUGUCAUCUGCAUCGAAUCGUAUCCUACAACCUCUGCUUCAAGAUAUGCGGCGCCCAACAGUUACACCUGAUUGCAUGUUAGACCCUAUUGCAGAUUCAUUCUUUAAUGAUAUAUGGCAGACAGUUGCCGAGAACAACACCAAAAUAUACCGGCAGGUUUUCCGCUGCCAGCCAGACAACGAAGUAAAGACCUGGCAGCAGUACAAGGAGUACAUGGCAUUCAGUGCGCGAUUUGCAGAAGCUCAAGGCCUAGGAAAAGCUCCUGCCCGUGCUCAGCAAGGUUCGAGAGGCAAGAGUGGUCCACCGGGUGACGGUGUGACGAAUCCACUCUUGCAAUCUGAAUCUGUUACAGAGAAGGCAACACCCGGUUACCUAUGCAAAGACAACAGCAAGGAGAGCAAUUCUUUUGAUGAGAAAUCAUCUUUUCCCCAUGGUACGGUUGAAGAAUGGGCAGCAGAUCAAGAGAAGAAGGCGCUUCGUAAUGAGCCCAUCUUCAGUCCUCAACCAGACAAUUCUGACAGAGGCAUGGAGGGCGUUACUUCUAGGGACUUCCAUGAUGCUAAUGGCAAUGGUUUCGGUGAUGUCGGCUCUCUCACCGAGGCGAACGGCACAGCUGAUAGGGCCGAGAUUGGUCGCCAACGCACAAUCACUAUCUCCGAGCCGGUCAAGGAGAAGGAGCUUCGUGGAACAACACCUCCUGUAGGAAAAUCAAACUCAACGUCUACACGUGACACCGCUGGAGGCAGUCAACGUAGACGCCGCAGGACUACAACGCGUUCAAGCCACAGGCCAUUCCAUGCCGAUGAUGCGGAUAUGUUGCUAGACAAAAGAGACGCGGAGGAGCUUCUUAAACUCGUUCAGGGCCACCUGGUUGUGUUUCCCUACGACUGGCUCGCAGAUGCGGACCAGAAAGGUCAAUUCCUCUACGCGGUUGAUGCUCUGGCACCGCUGGAAGUCUAUGACUGACCUGGUUCCCUUUUGCCAGACUUCGUGAAGAUCAUCUCUAACCCUUUCUGAACAUUAUGUCGAUUCGUCAUGUAACGGGGCAUUUUCCUUAUCUGUGUACUAGUUUUUAUCCACUUUGGCAGUCCUUAGCAAAAUCUGCAUUCUUAUGCAAAAAUGAAGUUUCAUAGCUAGUCAUCAUUGAUACAUCUUCUGUAUAAAAACAGUUUUUAGCGACAGGACACUUAGUAGUCGCUGUUUAUUUAAAAAUUUUCAGGACAGUUCUUAGGACUAGCUACUCAGCGAUCUUACUUUCUCUAUCAUGAAUUUGUGACGGUUUGUUUGCAGGACUCCUUCUCACUUAAGGCGAUGAUAGUUCAUUUCGAGAAUACAAAGUAGCAUUGGAAGAUCGGAUAUUUGACACGUGUUGUUGGUGGCUCUUUCUGCCAACUUGUAACCCACUGCUUUGUUUUGUUCCCUUGAUUUCAGUCUUUUCCCAGGUUUGUUACAAGAAGCCCG